CCGAUAUUUUCAUAUCCUCUACCAAAAAAACCUUCCACACCCACCAAACUUAAAUAGCUUUUCAUUACACAAAACCAGAACUGACAUCAACAAAACCAACCAUCCAUAACACACAAACUCUCAAAAGUUGAAACAAAAAAAUGGAGAAUCUUCGGCCAAACAGAAGCGACACUCAUCUCUCACCCAAAGAAGAAGCAACCAUAGAAGCAAAAACCAGACACCAUUUCGACGAAGCAGCACCAAAACGACACACAAAACCACAACGCAGUGAAUACGCUUCUCAAUACGUGGAUAAGAAUCUCUCAGAUCAUUCUGUACCAGAAAUGCUACAGUUUCAACGACUCGAGAAUGAUCCUGCCGAGAAGAAACUGGUUUACGAUGGAAAAGAAGUGGCUGAAGAAUUUGUGGAAACUGAGUAUUACAAAGAUCUUAACAGUGUAGACAAACAUCAUCACACGACAGGAAAAGGAUUUAUUCAAGUAGAAAAAAGUGACACAAGCUUCCACAUAGAACCGGAUAAUGACAGUCAUGAAUGUCAUCAGUCUAGCAAGGGAAACCCAGCAACCAAUGACUGGGUUCCUGCUCCUUUUACGGAGGAGGAUUCUCAUUCGGAUAAACCUAAUAGAAGUGACAAUUGAUAUGGAGAAGUGAAUGGUGUUUGCAUUCUGGAGUUUUUUAUGAGGUAUUUAAGUUGUAAACCAAAAUAAAUAAGAACAAUAAAAAAAAUGUGAUUUGGGUUAAGGUUAUUGUGUUGGAAUAUGCAUGGUACUGGUUAGUAUUCGUGUUGUAUCCUAUGAAGUAUGAAGUGCUACAAUGCAUGUCUAAUCUCAUGUAAUUUUUUCUUUAAUAAAUUGGUAUUGUGUGUGAA